AUGGAUGGUCUUCACAAUGAGCAUGAAGCGAAAGUUGAGCAAGACCAAGGUACAGGAAGCGCUCCGCCGGGAUACAUAAAUGAGCUCCCAGUAUGUACAGAGAUGCCGGAUCUGGGUCAGCAGCCGGUACAGUUGCCCCCGAAUGAGGCACAACACGCCUUGGUCGCUGAACCAUUCCAACCGCUGAUCGAAGAGUUGAAGCGGCUGGUACAGGACGACCCACAAUUCGCGCACCAGGUUGCACAGAUAGUGAGGCUUUACCGACGGCUCUAUGAGUGUUAUAUUGCAAGGAAGUCUGAGACCCAACGUCUUGAGCAGGCGAAUGGGGAGCUCCGCACGGCAAAUCUCCAAUUACGCCAAGAGAGUGAAUACCUGAAGGGUCGAUACGCCGAACAGGGAGACGAACUGGCUUAUUUUGGACAAGCCUCUGACAAACUCAGCACGGGUAUCGGGAGGCUCUUAGCAAACUCUGGGGGCUGCUGUUCAGAACCGAUGUAUGAGGCAGCUAGCAAAAUGAAUGAGGAGGCUCCUUGA